AUUAAAAUAAAUAUGAAAACAUUCGUUGUGAUUUGCCUCGUAGCAGCUGUGUUUGCACUUGACACAAGCAAAUUCGCCGUGCUUCUCCAAGCAGGCACAAGAGGAAAUGAUGCCGUCGAAUCAGUUUACAAUCUCUUGAGAGAUUUGAAGACAGAAAAUGUUAAUGUGUAAGCUGCUGCCGACAAAAAGAACAAUACAGAUGAAGAAAUCUUUUCCCAAGUCAUUGGCGAUUUGACUAAUGUUGCCUCACUCAACAAACAAUAAUGGGAAAGACUUGGAGCAGUCAGAACAGAUGUUGAAGCCUAAGUCAGAGAUGGAUAUUAAUGGUUGGCCUGGGCUGAAUCCAGACUUGCUGAAAUCGAAAGAAGAAAUGCUUAACUCCAAGACCAAAGAUGUUGGGCCAAUGGACUCUUCGUCAAAUCCCUUGCUGAUCACGGUGAUGCCGUCGCAGUCGUCUAACUCUUAUAAUAAGAUGUUGCUGGUUUCCUCACUAACAACGCUGGAGUCGAACUCGUUGAAAAAGCCCAAUCUAUCGCCGAUAAAUUAUCAGCAUACAGCCAUCUUUUCUAAUAAGAUGCCCUCCAAAAAUUCUAAUCACUUGCCGAAGUCAAGAGAGAAGGCACAACCGGAGAAUAAGUCCUCCAAAUCUUGUUUGACUUACAAGCUGAAUUGGAAUCCACUCUUGCCACAUUAUAAGAAUAAGAAAUUCACGCUGCCUUCGCUCUUGCCAAAUACGUCUCAGACACCAAUGCCGAAGUUGCCUGGUUGAAUUCAGAACACGAAAGAAGAACCGGACUUGUUGAGAAAUUAGAAACUCAACUCCCAGCCGUCCUUGCCUAAUAAGCCAAAGCACUCAAAUUGUGGAAAGAUUCCUUGAACGCUGUUGCUGGUGCCACUGCUGAUUUGGAAGAGAAAAGAGAAUUCUAUGCCUCCGAAACUGCCAGAAGAGCCGAGGAAAAUGCCAUUAUCGAUGUUGUCAUCUAAUUGUUCAAAGAUUAAGUUAGAUCCUUAGCUUCAUAGACCAGUCUUGGAAGAAAGUGAUUUCCAUUAAACAAAUAUAAUCAAUUUAAAAAAUGAAUCAUUUUUACAUCA